AUGAGCUGAUGCUCUGCCUCCAACUGCUUCUUCUUCUUCUUCUUCUUCUUCUUCCAGUCGUGUUCAGACGAAGUGGACCCAGGACCAGACCCAGGACCAGACCCAGACCCAGGGAUCACUAUGGAGCGUAAACUGGAUCUGUCUCGACUGACGGACGAUGAGGCCAAACAUGUUUGGGACGUGAUUCAACGCGACUUCAACCUUCGUAAGACGGAGGAGGAGCGGCUGGGGGAGCUGAAGAAUAAGAUCCAGAAGGAGGACUCCAAGCGGGAGCUGCUGGGUUCCCAGAACCAGGUUGCGGACUCUCUCUGCAUCCGCUGCCUCCAGCCCUUCAAGUUCCUGGUCAACAGCAAACGUCAGUGUCUGGACUGUCGCAUGUUCACCUGUAAAUCCUGCAGCCGCUACAACAAGAGGGAGCACGGCUGGGUCUGUGACAACUGCCGCAUGACCAGAGUCCUGAAGAUCGGGACUGUGGGCUGGUACCACGACAACGUGAGAAACCGCUUUAAGCGCUUUGGCAGCGCUAAGGUGAUGAGGUCCCUGUACAAGAGGCUGAACGGAGACGGUGGCCGUGACGAUGACACCCAGAGUAUGCCCGACGUCCACAGCCACAUGUACAACUGUAACGAGGACGACCACGGCGAAGCCGAAGCUCAGCGCUUCAAAGUGAUGAGGAAGAACAAGCGGCUGCUGUCGGUUCAUCCUCUGGACUUCGACUCUGAGGAUUAUCUGCCUCAUUCACGACGUCCGUCUGUUCAGCAGAUGCAGGACGAUCGUUACAGGAACGACGUAGAAUACGAUUAUUUCAACCAUCGGAUGAAUCGCAGGACGAGUCUGGACCGAUACGCCAUGAGACCUGAGGAUGGUGGAGACAACCGGAUGGUGAGGACUCGGUCUCUGUCUAAGAUCAGCUCGUCGGUGGCUCGCCAACAAUACGUGGACACGUCUGACGAGGACGAGUACCCGAGGUACCCCCCCAUGUACCAACAACCCCACCACCGCCGGAGGAACAGCCGAACCUCGUCUCAGGAGAACUUGGGACAAGCCCCGCCCAUCAACGAGCUGAACAAACGGAUGUCAGCCAUCGAGAGUCUGCUGAGCCGCCUGGAGGAGAAGAUGACGCCCGGGGACGAGGCGUCCACUCCGUCGGCUCAGAACGAGGAGGAGAAGCUGAGGAGGAAGCUGAGCGAGCUGGCGGGGAACCUGAGCGACAAGGGCCUGACGUCGGACGACGAGCCCGUGUCCAGGAAGUCCUUCCCCGUCCCCAAGGCCUCGGCCGGCGUCCGGGCCUUCGCUCGGAAGGACAAAGAGCUGAGUUCGUCCAGCGACGAGACGCCCACCGAGGCCCAGAAGAGAUCGACUGCCGCCGCCCUCUGUGACCUCACCACUGAGGUCCUGAGGACCAUUAACGCCACAGAAAAGGCGAUGGUCGAGUUCGGCCUCUCAGAGCCGACCGACAGGUCCCACUUAGCCGGCACUGACGUAAAGCAGGCCGACGAUGCGUUCAGGGAGCUGGAGGAAAACGUGUACAUCACGGCCGGGAAGUCGUACGAACUGGAGACGAAACUGCGCCGUCUGGAGCAAAGCGCCAAGAACCGGUUCGGAGGGACGACGGACUCGGAGCUGUCGGAGCUGGAGGACGUGGUGGCGCUGACGGCGGCGAGAGUCCAGAGCGCCGAGAGCGAGGUGUCGGACAUCGAGACUAAAAUCGCUGCUCUGAACGCGGUCGGGUCCAAGAAAAAGGUGUCUGGGUCUCAUCAGAGGAAGAAGUCCACUCAGGAUCUCCACAAGACGAAUGGAGCUCAGUGGAAAUCCAACAUGUUCUGAUCUGACAUCAUCACUUCCAUGUUGUGACAUCAUCACUUCCAUGUUGUGACAUCAUCACUUCCAUGUUGUGACAUCAUCACUUCCUCAUCAUAGGCUGAAGAAGCUCAAAGGUCACAGCUGAUGAACCUUUUUCUCUUUUAAACCAAUGAGAAUCGAUACUUUAUCAUUUUCUGAAACUCAGUUUCGUUUCUGAUUUGAAACCGAGAUUUUAAAAAUAACAACAUUUAGAUUUAGAGGUGAAAUAAAAACGUGUGUUUUAGCUGUUUCAGAUUGAAUUAUAAUUACACCUAAUUAAUCUGAAGAUGAAUCUGAUGUUUGUUCCGUUUAACGAUCACCUGUAAUAAUUAAGAGACACAUGAUAUUAUUGAAGAUUGUUUCUUGAUUUACUCCUGAUCAAUAAACUAUGAAACCAGU